UCGCGUCUUAUCAGUUCCAAAAUAUUGAAAACAAACUAAUUGUUGAUCGAGAGUUCACGUUUUGUUUAUUAUAUUUAAAAAACAAUCUCUACACCAAUGUGUCGAAGACGUUCUUCUUUUUUAGUUUUUCAUUGUUAAUUCACUGAUUGCAAGUACACGUCGUAUACGCCCUGAUAUGAAAUAUUAAAUACCACCAAGAUAUAUUGUCCAGACGUCCACUACGUGACAGAUGUAUGCAAUUGAUUCUUACAAGUGUGCUGCGAAUUUAUACUGUUACACGACACAUUUCUUAUAGUAAGCUGGGACCAUGAAUACAUACCGCAGACGUGGAUUAGCCAAGGUAAUAGCUGAAAAGGCGUUACUCAGCGAGUCCUUGAGAAACUUAAACAAAGCUACCUGGUACUCAGUGGACAAAUCCCAAUUGGACAACGACGUGUUUUCGAGUUUUGUGCAGAUGAACGCGGACGCGGACACCGAACGGUUCUUGGACGAUUCGAUCGAACAGAGCGACAGGCUAUUGCCGCAAGUGUGGAAAUCGAUGGUGUCAUCCGUGCUGAACGUGUUCAUGACGAAGACUUCCAUCAACGGAUUGUUGCGGAGAGGAUCCAUGUUCGUGUUUUCCACCGACCAAAUCAGACGACUGCUGAAUAUGACAUUUUUUGACAGCGGCUCAACUCUGAUCGAUUUGGGCGCCGGUGACGGAGCCACUACCGAAAAGUACUUGCCGCUGAUCCGUGAGAUCUACACAACCGAAAAAUCGGGGCCGAUGAUCCGGAUUUUGGCUGAAAAGGGUUUCAGUAAUCCGUGUGUAUAUUAUACAUUGUUGGACGUCGACACGUGGUGGACUCGUGAAGAGAAAUUCGAUGUGGUAUCGUGUCUGAACCUGUUGGACCGUUGCAGCAAUCCGGCGAAGCUCUUGGAAGAAAUGAAAAAAGCCUUGAAACCCAACGGCAGGAUCGUAGUGGCGCUGGUGUUGCCGUACAAACCCUACGACGAAUUCAAUUCCGCGGAACCGGAACAAAAGUUGCCCAUCACUGGCGUAACGUUCGAGGAACAGGUGUGUUCGGCGGUGCACGACGUGUUUGAACCGUCUGGACUGGAAGUUCUAUGCUGGACAAGACUCCCAUACCUUUGCGAGGGUGACCUGAGCCAGGAUUACUAUUGGCUGCACGACGCCGUCUUCGUGAUGUCCUCGAAAACACCGCCGCAAGUCGUCGAGAACGCAUAGCACUCCCCAAACAAUGUACAGAGUGAUUCUCUUGUUAUCGCCAUGUUAGUAUAUAUUACCACAGAUUAUAAACAAUUUUAUAUAUCCCUGUGAUGUUACAGUUAUUUUCUCGGUGAAUUUAUGUGUUUUUGAAUACAUUUUCUUGCUUACAAUAAAAGUAACCAGCUGAAGCGAAUACAACACACAUUAUCGUGUUUGUUUUUUAUUUUCUGAAACUAUACAUAAUAAGUAUUAUAGAUACAUUUUUUAUUUAAUAUUACAAAGUUAAAUAUUUCCCUAAGAAGUUUAAAAUGAAAAAAAUAUCUCUAAUUUUGAACCUGUGUUAUUAAUCAGUGACGUUUCUAGUGUAUACUAAUAUUACACUCUGAGGAGGGAUGUAAAACUAUUUCUGUACAAAAUAUGCACAGCAUUCAUAUACAAAUGGGUAUUACCUACCUAUGUCCUAUAUACAGGGUUUUAUUUUAUAAUACAAAAUCUAAUGUUCUACGACUCUACAUGUAAAAUAAUAUCAAUUACUUCUUUUGUAUUGUGAUGUUGGUUUUGUGCACAUUUGUACAAACCUGCUUUUUUAUGGCCAGGAAAGGAUACGACCAUUCGCUUAUUGGGACGUCCUACCCACAACUGUAGUCUCAUCGCAAAUUUCACCUAUUCUGUGGUCCAAUGACUAGUCCGUUGUAUUUAUGUUUCGCACGACGCACUGUACCCAUACUACUAUAGGUACUUAAUCAAUUACCUAUAUGAUUUUAAGCUUUGAUGAACCAUGAACGGAGUAGUGAACCAAAGUUUUGUGGACUUCCUAUCCUAUGCCAUAUUGCAGUACUCAUCUGAUCUUAAAUUGAAAUGUUUUCAAGUCUUAACCAACUAACCACUAGUUGGAUAUUCUAUUUUUAUACGUUAAAACUAUCAGAAAAAUAUUCUGUUCCAGGAUUGUAAAUUUAAAAUUUACCACCAUUUAAGUUAAUAUUCAAAAGCCGACUACGAUAAAGAAAAUUUUAAAAAAUGUUGUGUUUUAAUGACUAAAUUAUGUUAGAAAAAUAUUUUCCCCAACAUAAAUUUACUGAGAAAAUGGCAGUACCUACUUAUAUUAAUAAAAAAAAUCACCCAGUACAUAAUAUAAUAUAAUAUACGAAUUCACCCGCAGCGAUCAUGUCUUCGGGUAAAAUUAAUUGAUGGAAAGGUAUAAUAAAAACUCAUUUGUGUAUGUUUA